AUGGUCUCCGUUCAAUGCAGUGGUUGCAACAAACAGUUCUCGAAGAGUGGCUACACAAGCCAUAUCAGCCGCACAAAACAACCGUCUUGCCAUGCCAUCUACCUCCGUGCGCUCCAAGACGCUGCUGACGAAAGCGCUCGCGCGACGACUGCCACGCUCGACACCACUUCGGAUACUGAUGUCGAGAUGUUAUCACAGUACGGUGAUACUCAGCGGGAUUUUGCGAUGAAUGGCGAUGACUCUGGGCUUGAUCAUGAUGAGCAGAUGGUUGCGCAUGCAGGGGAGGAGGAGGAGGAAAUGGAGGCAGACGCAAAUGCGGAACUCGAAUGCGGCUACGAGCCACCGCGACCGCUUCUUCAUCGUGCCCCAGUCGAAGACAACAAGGAAUCCGCUAAUCUGCCUGCACCCUCCCCCGUUAUACGAAAGCAAAUCGAAGACCGUUUUCACGGUCAGCCUGUUGUCGACCGUUAUCCCAGCAGUGUUGCUGGGAAGCCUAUCCGUCGGGAGCGAGGGGACACGAGCGAGGAGUCUUACGGUCGACGCUUAGAUGUGGAUGGUGCGACGGAUAACCCAUAUGCACCAUUUGCAUCCAAAAUGGAUUGGGAGAUUGCACAGUGGGCAAAGAUGCGAGGGUCAGGGUCAACUGCAUUCACCGAUCUGCUCAAGAUCGACGGCGUCCGUGAGUCGCUUGGUUUGUCGUAUGGUACUUCGGCCCAGCUCAAUACUAUCAUUGACAAACAACUCCCUCAGGCUGGCCGACCUGUAUUUGAACGCAGUGAAAUCCUUGUUGAUGGCGAGGUCUUCGAUCUAUAUUCCCGCAACAUACUCGAUUGUAUUCGUGCCCUUUAUGGAGACUCUAACUUUGCACCACAUUUGCUAGUUCUCCCCGAGCGUCAUUAUAUCGACAAAGACCGGACAAUUCGAAUGUACCACAACAUGAAUACUGGGAAGUGGUGGUGGGCAACACAGGAGGCGGUAGAGAAGGAGAAUCCCGGCGCAACGAUCAUUCCCAUUAUCAUCUCCUCUGACAAAACACAAUUGACACCGUUUGGCAACAAGACCGCAUAUCCCGUGUACCUGACUAUCGGAAAUAUUCCCAAAGAAAUUCGUCGCAAGCCCUCUCGGCAAGCUUAUAUCCUACUCGGCUACCUGCCAACAUCUAAAAUGAAGCAUAUUACAAAUAAAGCUUCACGGCGUCGUGUUAUCGCCAACGUCUUUCAUGCCGCAAUGAAGUAUAUUGUCUCGCCAUUGUCAGUUGCGGGGAAAACGGGUAUCGAGAUGGCAAGUGGAGAUGGUGUUGUCCGUCGUGGCCACCCAAUCUUUGCUGCCUUCGUUGGGGACUAUCCAGAGCAGGUCCUUGUGACUGGGGUCAAGACAGGAGAGUGUGGCACCUGUGAGGUGGAGGCAAAUCAACUGGGCGAGUUAGCAUCCUUUCCGCUCCGGGAUCUUGAUGCGGUUUUGUCAGCGCUGUCGCUAGUCGACGAGGAGCCAGCAGAAUUCAAAAAGGCGUGUACGGAGGCUGGCAUUAAGCCGAUUUAUCAUCCAUUUUGGGAAGAUUUGCCGUAUACGAACAUUUUCCGUGCAAUUACACCCGACGUUCUUCAUCAACUCUAUCAGGGUGUGGUCAAACACUUGAUCAACUGGGUCUUAGCAUGCUGUGGCGAGGACGAAAUUGAUGCCAGAUGUCGACGCCUUCCUCCAAACCAUAACAUGCGGCUGUUUAUGAAGGGAAUCUCCGGCUUGUCACGAGUUACUGGCCGAGAGCAUGACCAGAUUUCUCGGUUUCUUCUGGGGAUCAUUAUUAACAUCCGACUACCUAAUGGGCUUUCUUCUGCGCGUCUUCUAUCGGCUGUCCGGGGCCUUUUGGAUUUUGUAUAUCUCGCUCAAUAUCCGAUGCACACUGAUGAAACUCUGGGACUCAUGGAUGAUGCAUUACAGACGUUCCACGAGAACAAGCAAAUCUUUGUCGACCUUGGUGUGCGUUCGAACUUUAAUCUUCCUAAACUACACAGCACUACGCAUUACACCGCAUUCAUUCGUCUCUUUGGCACGACCGAUAACACAAAUACGGAAUACACUGAACGACUGCAUAUCGACCUUGCCAAAGAUGCCUACCGGUCAACAAACUUCAAAGACGAAUUCCCACAGAUGACACUCUGGCUCGAGCGAAAGGAAAAAGUUGUUCAGCAUGCCAAGUUUAUUCAGUGGAAAAUUGAUGGUUGUCCUGCUCCUCCGCCUCUAGUCAAACUCCACCCCGGAGUGAUUUACGAGCGAAAAUUAUUGAUGGCCAAGAACCCAACUAUCAAGGCUGCUCGCAUUCAAACCUUGGUCGAGACGUAUGGUGCCACAUUAUUCCGUGAAGCGUUAUCACAGUUUGUGGUCCGUCAUUCAUAUCCAGCACUGACUCAACACGAAAUCACCGCCCGCGCUCGCCAUUACACUCUUCCUUUCAACCAACUUCCUAUCUUUCAUCGAAUUAAAUUCACGACACCCGAUCCAUACACCUCGGCAAAUGAUAUCAACACCAUUGUUGACUCGGUUCAUGUUGAACCAAGCCGACAGGGGCCUUCUGGUCCCAUUCCGGGCCGCUUUGACACUGUUCUUGUUAAUGAUGGCACUGGAGGGAUUACUGGUACUCAAGGCUAUCGUAUUGGACAAGUCCGUGUUAUUUUCAGCCUUCCCACCAAUAUUGUUGCUGCAUUAUUCCCAUCUGGAAUCAAACCCCCCACACAUUUGGCAUAUAUCCAAUGGUUCUCAGCUUUCACCUCUCAACCAGAACCACAUCAUCUCAUGUACAAGGUACAGCGAGUUAUGAAGGAUGGAGAGCGUCUGGCUACUAUUGUUCCUGUUGCCAGCAUACGACGCAGUGUGCAGUUACUUCCAAAGUUUGGCCCAGUGGCACCAGUAGAGUGGUCAUCAAGCAAUGUGCUGGAAAGAUCCGCCAGCGUCGACAUGGUGCACGCUGCGACCGUUUAA